CAACUCGACAAUAGGCCUUCCAUAACACACGCUGAAUCGAGACCCUAAUAUCGCUCAAUUGACAGGACCCCGAACGCAUCCACAAUGACUACCAUCGUCACCCCACCGACCGAGGCCAACAAGGAGCUGACUGCAUCUCAGGCUUCAAAUCCGCUGGUCAACCCGCUGAACCCGAAGGGUAUCAAGCCAUGCUGCGCAUGCCCCGAGACAAAAUCGGUCCGAGAUGACUGUUUCCUCCGUUCAGACCCGACGACGGCUCAGGUGGACUGUAGGGAGUUUAUCGAACGGCAUCGAGAGUGCAUGAAGGGGUACGGAUUCAAGAUCUAGCGACUCGUGUCUAGAUUUGGAACCCUGUGCCUCUUUGUGUGCUUUCUCUUUCCCCGCCAACCCUCCAACAUUUCUUCGCAU